CCCACCGCCGCCCCCCACACCGGGCUCGGCCAUGGCGCAGCUGAAGCCGGCACCUUGUGCCCCCUCUGUGCCACAGUUCACGCCACCGCCACCGCCCCCCAAGAUACAUCAGGUUCAACCAAAUAUAAGCCAGGCCGCUGUUGCCUCCUCGUUGCCACCACCGCCUCCUCCUGUGCCUGCCCCACCACCACCACAGGCACCCCCAAAGCCUGUCAUGGCAGCUUUGCCCCCUCAGUCUAGUGGGAAGGCAGCGUCACCAGGGGUCACACAUGUCACUCCCCCUGUGACUGCAGCCUUGCCCCUUGCAAUAAAGAAACAACCAAGUGUCACUUCUCCCCAGGUGCCUCCUCUGCCCCCAGCCCCUCCUGGCCCCACUCCCCCUGCAACAUUCCCAAAGCAGCAGAGUUUCUCAGUAAAGCCUCCUCCAUCCCCUCAGUCCCCAGUGCCGUCGGUGGUGAAGCAGAUAGUCAGCCAGUUCCCCCCGCCUCCCACGCCACCUGCCACUGAGACCCAGCCUCUGAAACCCCUUCCACUGAGUGUGGCUCCACAGUCACCUCCAGCAGUGAAGGCAAAGCCCAAAUGGCAGCCUGCUGCUGCUCCUUCACCAGAUUUCCCCCCUCCUCCACCAGAGAGCAGUUUAGUGUUUCCUCCUCCACCUCCUUCCCCAGCUUCCUCUGCAGGUUCUCCCCCGCCUGACAAAUCAGGGUCUCCAGUAAAAAAGGCCGGCAAGACAUCAAGCCCUGGAGGGAAGAAACCACCUCCAACGCCUCAACGCAAUUCCAGCAUCAAGUCCACAAGCUCUGCUGAGUACCAUGAGUCCAAGAGGCCUUCGGUGGACCGCCUUGUCAGCAAAUUUGCACACUCCCCAGAGCCGUCAGGAUCUCCUUCCAAGGAGUCAUCGCCUCCUCCAGCCCCUCCAAAGCCAGGAAAGCUCAACCUUUCUGGUGUGAGUCUGCCCAUUGUCCUUCCACAAGGUGGGAUCCCAGCCAAGGCUUCUGUUCCGAGUGUGUCUGGAAAGGAACCUGUGGUUGAAUUCCCUUCACCGCCAUCCGAUUCAGACUUCCCACCACCACCACCUGAAAUAGAUCUUCCUCCCCCUCCAGUAGAAAUUCCAUCUGUGUUUUCAGGCAGCACCUCCCCUAAAGUUGCUGUUGUAAAUCCCCAGCCACAGGCAUGGUCAAAACCAUCUGUGAAAAAAGCCCCGCCACCCACACGCCCCAAGCGGAACGACAGCACCCGACUGACGCAGGCAGAAGUUGCAGAGCCCCCAGGGUCAGCUGGCCCACAAGUGCCCACCUCACCCAAGUCCAGCCUUAGCGUUCAGCCGGGAUUCCUGGCAGACCUCAACCGGACGCUGCAGCGGAAAUCCAUCACCCGGCACGGCUCGCUCUCCUCCGCGCGGAUGUCCAGAACGGAGCCCACGGCCACCAUGGACGACAUGGCCCUGCCUCCACCCCCGCCAGAGCUGCUGGCUGACCAGCAGAAGACCAGCAGCUUUGGGGGCAGUCAUAUAUCUGGCUAUGCAACGUUACGGAGGGGGCCGCCCCCUGCACCCCCCAAAAGGGAUCAGAACACCAAGCUGUCACGGGACUGGUAGUCAGUCCCCAGGGCCAGUGCUCUCCAUGACUUGUGGGCUGCUCUGUGAUCGCCCAGCCCGUGAUCCCGUGCACGUGGAGAGGAUGUGGGGUUGUGGAUGAUAGCCCCGUUAAAAGAGGUGAUCUCAAACUGCAGCUAUGGCUAAAUGUAAAGACAUUCCCCUUUCAUGUCUAGGUUAAGAAAGAUGGGGGCUUAGGGGUGUUGAUACUGCAUUGGGAAAAGUGGAUAGAGAGGUGUUGGCUUCAUUCUUUCAGUUUCUUUUACCCUUCUUAGGGAUUGGACCAAACCCCCAUUUUCUUACUUUUUCUGCAUUUAGGGGAGGGGGAGGGAGAUAAUUUUUUGUAGUGUCUGUCCAUGUGAGACAUGUUUGUGCAUGUAUAAUAAGUGUAGGUAUAUAAUAUAUUGUGAUAUAUUUCGUCGCAAUUAUAGAAGAUAACCAGAAUGUUUUUGUAGAACCGUAUUUAUUGUUUCAGUCAGUAUAUUAUCUGGAAUCGGACUCUAACUGGUCAAAUCUUAUAAAGAUGGAGAUGUAGGGGGCACUUUAAAGAAAGGAAAUAAAAAACCCAAACCCACAAACUUCUCAGCAGUUUGUGGUGGGUAAAUUCUGCAAAGCUGAGGUGUUCGGCUGGUAACUGUACGUUGUCCAUUGAUUGAAAAGUACAGAUGCAACAUACCAAAACAUUCUGGUCAUAAUACUACUGAAAAUGAGUAUGUUCAGAGGAAGGAAAUAGAUUUUAUAUAUAGUGGGCUGGAGUGAAAUAUAUUUAUACUAUAAAGAGCCUCCCCCUCCUUUCAAAUAGUUUAAAAAUGUACACUGAUAGAAAUUAUUUCAAACUUAUUUGUCCAUGCAGUUAAGUAGGAUAAAUGUAUAUUAUUCCAAACCAUUAUGCAUUCUAACUGAUAAUAGGCUCAAUCAUUUGUUUCUGUGGCUCAAGAUGAAUAUAUUUGUGUUAACCCCUUCCGAAAGCUGCCAGGACUCCUGCAAUCGAAAAUCCUGUCAACCCCCAAGGCUGACCCACGCCGAUCGGUGAGCUGUCCGUGUAACUCUUACCCUGAAUGAACAGGUAGGUUUCUGUGGAAAGUGGUGUGUGCUCACACAGGCAUGCACAGCAUCCAGUCUCACCUGGUCUGGGCCUGGUAAGAUGUAGUGUCUUACAAAAACAAGCGUCUGGAAAUUCGUGAAAAAAGUAUUGUUUGUAAUGGAUUGGAAAUGGCCAGGAAACUUUCCCUUCUGGAAAGAGAGAAGGGAGCAGCAAUUUCAGGACAAGCAGAGUAGGAAUUCUCUGUUUUCUGUGACUUGCCAGAGACUGUGACCAGUGCAUUAACCUGUUUAUUACGAAGUUGCACUUCUAGCAGUCAAGGAAGAAGACUGGAAAUAAAACAACCUUAAAGAGGCAAUAACAUUUGCUAAGAAUUUCAUCUAAGGGCCCAUAUAAGUAGAAAAUAGACUGUUGGUUUGCUUGGUUUUUUGUUAGUCACAAAUUUACAAUUGGUCACCACAUCAAGCAUGACAGUCCUUGUGAUAAGGUAGUGUAAGUGGUCUUAUGUGUCACUGCACAUUCCUUGCAGGGUGGUGGGAGACAGCCUUUGUAAAACAGCUAAAAUACUUGGACUGUAACUACCCCAUCUUCAGCUGUUACAGCUUCCCUUGUUCAGCAUGGGGAUAUUGUUGAUAUAUAGUGUCAAUAGGCUCAUAGGGCAAAUAAUUACACUGUUUGCCUACUUUUUCUCCAAAAGCAAACUUUAAACGCUUUCUUUUUCCCAAAGAAUGAAACAAAGACAGCAGCUUGACCUGGCAGUAUCUGCACAUGUGUAAAACCAAUAUAAACUAAUCUCUCCUUAAAGUAAUUUAGGAUGAUAUUUAAGAAAUAUUGUGACAGUAUCCCCCAUUCCUUUUUUAUAAAGUUUUUUUUUUAAAGUCCAAAUCAUGAAAUAAAUGUCUUUGUGAAUAUUUUAUGAAUAGGAAAAAAAGUUUUGCUAAUUUGAGGUGGAAAAUUACACAUCUAUAACUAUAUAGUUUUAAAUAAGUGCAUCAUGAAAAGAGAAAAAUUAGUGGUGCUGUCUCUGCUGAACUGUUUCAUAUGAUUUUUUAAAAAUCUGUUUCAGCACCUCUGGAAAUUGUUUUAAUAUUUCAGACUAGAUUUUUUGAGCAAUAAAAGUAUAUACCAUUAUGUGCAUUUUUAAAGCACUGCUAUGGAAAGGCACUUUUUUGUAUCUUUCAAAUUGUUCACCAAGUUCUGUUUCUACUAUUUUUGUGCUUACAAAGUGUCCUUAAAAGCAUUUGCAUUGUUGAUUUUAAGCAUGCUCAGUGUAGCUGGUGACUAACUUCCCAGGAGGGUUGCUGAGCUAUACUGCAGUUCAUGGGUGCUGUAAUUUUCACGUUGGUCCUCCUGCUGCUGUGUCCUGUGCGCAGCUCCUGGAGCUCAGGCACACCAGAGGGCAAAAGGUGCUCGCUGCAGCUGGAACUGCUGGGCCCUUAGCCAUGAAAGGGAAGUGGGCACAUUCUCCUGCUCCUGGCACGAUGCACCUGGGCUGCUGCAGCAUGUGCUCCCAGGUGAGAGCAGUCAGGGAAUUCUGCUUGCCCCACCUGCCUUUCUUUUCACCAGGACAGCCUCACUGGUGUGUGUCAGUUCCAGCCCUUUUACUUUAGUUCACUCAGUGUGGGUACCUCUGGGCUUUGGAUUCAGCACAUCAAUGUUUUCAGUGCAAUUUCUUCAGAGGCAUUUCAGCUUUGUUCUCGUUUUCCUGUGUCCACAUUUAUUUCCCCAUUAUCUCUCCCUAGACAAUUAAUCCAUGCUUACUACUGCAGGCUACCCACAGCUUGCUGGGAGACAGCUAUAGAACUCAAAAGUCUGCAGCAAAAAGAAUGAAUGUCAGCAAAGGUGGCACCCUGUAUUCCUUCUACUUACAGUUUACUUCUUCAGGCAGUAGUGAUCCAGUGAGAGGCUCUGGCUUUCUUUCUGUCAGCUGAGCAUGGAAAUUUGGCUAUAGUGUGGUUCAGACAACCUGGUUGUCUUUUCAGGUUAUGAGAUACACCCCCCACUGUAACUUGCUUUUCCAGUAUAUAUGUACAUACAUUUUAUGACAGUGAGUAUUUGCACCUUAUUUUGCAAGAUGUUUUCUCCAUGUGCAGUCAUCUCAUAAUUGCACCAUAAUAUUUAUUAGAAAAUUAAGGGUCUGGAUUUCAGACACCAGGAAGAGGCUUCCUGCUACAACUAUGGGCAGGAAUACUUUUGGCAGUUUUAAAAUGGGCAUGUGAAGGCUGAGUGUUCAUACUCCAGACACAAAAAUGCUUUGAUCCCAAACUACACAGAGUGUACGGCUGGAGUUGCAUUCCAUGAGGCACAGGCUGGCCACUUGUUAAGGUGGGUGUCAGGGGACUCUGCUGCUGCAGGGGCACUUGAGAGGGCUCAGCUGUGUUCAUUAAUCUUUUCCACAUUUGUUCUUCAUUUCCUCUCUGCUAUGCAGCAUAGCAUCCACCUCUGAGUACCAGAGCCCUGUUCAGCCAGGUGUCUGUGCCCCCAGCCCAGGUGGAGAAAGCAGGGAGCUGCUCUCAGAUGCUUACAUCACCUUUCAGGUGCUGGGGAGUUACUUUGAAAGGAAAAACUAGGCUCUUCUAGCAGCACUAAACUUAGAUGAGAAAUUACUUUUAAAACUAAAAAAAACCCACAGGUUUCCAUAGGUAACCAUGAUUCAGGUGGCUAUGCUAGGGGUCCCUGUUUAGUCUUUUAACACCUGUAGCUGGGAGAGGAAGUUAGGCACAAGUGCCUGAAUCAUUCUCUUAUUUUCUACAGAAGAGGAAGUUUCCUGCUUCACCCUGCACGGUGGUUUCCUCCUGCGGCAAACCACCUCCGAGUGCUCUGACUUGGUAAUGACCUCAAAGCCAAAGAGCUCCUCUCCUGAGCUUACUCUGCCCUUGUCUGCAGGGCAACAGUGAGGGACACAUCAGGGACACAAAGUGCUGGUACCUGGAUUGUUUGGUUUCAGGUCUGAGGGGAGAGGAUGCAGUUUUUUCAACAAGUGCAUUUUAACAUGAACUGUUCUGGGCUUGCCCAUUUAAAGGUUUUCUAAUUCCUUCUUUCUGUGCCCUUAGGCAACCAGAUAAAUUAUAUCAGCUCGGAGAUAAAGUGUGGCCAGUCUUCCUCUCAGUUAAAUUUCUUUUUUUCCACAGUUUAAGGAACCAAAAGUGCCAUUUCAACAGCAGAAGGGCAAAAAGAAAUUUUCUGCUUUUUACAGAAAACAGCAUAGAACCAAAUUUGUUUUGCUACAGUGGUACUAUCACAGGAAUAUUUGUUUCUUAUUCAAAAUAAGAUUAUAAGUGGGUCAUAAUAUGAGUAUUAUUUCAACUAGUGUCAUGUUGCACUCCAGAAAAGCAGUAUGAAUUCCUGGCAGAAGGUAGUGAGGAUGAAGCCAGAACAUGCGAGUUUGGUUGGUUACUGGGUUUUUAUUUUCCUUGUAGCAUUACUAAGGUGUAGAUUACAUACUGAGUCACAGCGCUCCUCAGUUGCAGGUGAGUCUUACUACUUUGGGGCCCAUUUGUGGCACCUGGUGUUGAGCUCUGUGGUCAUUCCCUUGCACCACUGGGGCGGACUCCGAACCAGAGAGCAUUUAACACUACAAGGGAUAGUUUCAUGUGGAUUUUUUUUGCCACAUGCUGGUGGGGUUUUAAGCUUUAUUUUGGAAUUCUGAGUUUGUCUAAGCUGAGUAAUUUUCCUUUCUGAAUUUUCUUUCCUUCAUAUAACAAAUUCCUGUGAAGGGGCAAAAAAAGAAAACCAAACCAGGGUUUUGUUGCAGGGGCAGCACUCACUAAUACUGUGACACAGGCUUGGUCUAGUUGUGAGAAGUUUAAGACACUAAACUGCAAAUGAGAUGAAAAACACACGCUAAGACAGCACCACGUAAAUUACUCUAAUUAAUUGCUGCUAACCAGCCACAGGGGAAAUAGUGACUUGGGUAAUGAUCAUUUGGUGCUCUGAGGCACUCGGUAGGGCAAGGACUCAGAGAGCUCUCUGUCAGCAGAUGGAUCUUGGGUAAAGGGGAGUUAGAGAAGGUAGAAGACUUGGAGGAACACAAACUAGUGCUGUGGAAAUGAAUGAGAAGGACCUUCAGUAACAGAUUGUGGACACUUAUUUAAAUGCUUGAAGGCAACUUGUCUUUUAGGAGCUUUUGGAACUCAACCGUUUGCUGCAGUGGAAAAUAAUUUCCUUCCAGCUUUCCCAAGAUGCCAAAGAUGCAUUCUGAGCUAAAUUCCAGGUAUGCAGAUGUGUGUACACCUGUCUCCUGUUGCCAGGGGUCUCAUACUGCUGAUCCUCUAGCACACUGUCUAGUGAGAGAACAGGGUGCCACUCUCAGAUGUUGUCUGUCCCUUGCCUUUAACCAACACCGGGAACUGGGUAUGCACUUGCAAAGGACAGUUUAACAAACAAAGCUGUGCCCAUGGCACCCUGCUGGCUGAUUUGGUGCAGCACAAUAACGCUUGUACUUCUAAAAGAAAAACUAAAUGUUUUGUCAUAAGUUUUAAUUGCAAAUCUUAGGCCUCCUAGUGGACUGCAGUGGACCAGAAAUGAACUGGAGGAGCAGUUUGGUUUAUGGCUUACACUAAUUGUUACCAGUCACUGGGAAUAUUCUGUAUAAUACUGGAGAUGCAAGUGUAAGAAGUGUCAUUGCAAUGAUGAUUUGUCUGUGCGGCAAACUUGUGCUGAGUGCUGUAAAUACAUUCAUGUUUACUGCUUUAAAAAGAAAAUUGCACAUUUUAUCUUUCAAUGGGAUUGCCUCCCCUCUUCUUCCCUUUCCAAACAGAAAAAAAAAAUUUAAAAAAUCAAAGCUCUUUUAGACUGAUAGCAUCAGGUUGUGGGGAGCUUUGCCAUAUUAUAAAUAUAUAUAAAUAUAUGUAUAAAUAUACUUUUUUAAGCAUGAGAGAGGACAAAAGAAAUACUACGUUAUAGAGUACCCAAUAUAGCUCAUUAUACAAUGGAAUAUGCACAAUUCAAUAAAGAUGUAGUUAAAUUUAA